AUGCAGGUGUUCCACGGUGAGAGAAGAGAACAGGAGAUUGAUAUUGUCUUGUCUGACAGGCAGCAGGAGGCAAGGCCUAAAGGCGAGGGUCUAACUCCGUACCAGGGGAAGAAGAGGUGUUUUGGAGAGUACAAAUGUCCCAAGUGUAAGAGGAAGUGGAUGAGUGGCAACUCCUGGGCCAACAUGGGACAAGAAUGUAUCAAGUGUCACAUCAACGUCUACCCACACAAGCAGCGUCCGUUGGAGAAGCCUGAUGGCCUGGACGUCUCAGACCAGAGUAAGGAGCACCCUCAGCACCUGUGUGAGAAAUGCAAAGUCCUGGGCUACUACUGCCGAAGAGUGCAAUAAUACCUUACUAACCUGAACCCUCUAAUUUCCUCAAAAAGAGAGGAACCAUUUCGUGACCCUCUCCUCCUCCGUCAGAGAGAAACCUAGCAACCCUCCUGUACUGCCUUCCCAUUUGCCUCUUCCCCCUCCUGGGAAAGAGCGGAACCUCACUGUCCUCACCAAUACUGCCUCCCUUGCCUCCCCUCCUUCUCAUCCUUUCCCACCCUCUCCCCCCUCUCCACAUCACCUCCCCUCUCCCCCAUCACCUCUCCCUCCCCU